GACACAUGCGCCGGAGCUUCAGCUAGUAGUAACAGGGUCAGUCGCAAAGGUCUCUUCUCACAGUUCUCACUGUUUUCUACAGUAAUUGUUAAAUACUUCUUUACACUAAAAACCAUCAAAUCUUGUAGUGUCUAUGGUAACGCUUAAACGAUGCGUCUGCCACAAAUCUCACGAGAACUGGAAGAAAGUUGCGCACGCAGCCGUCGCCAUCUUUAAAAUUAGGAGGCGUAUGCAGGCAUUGCUGGUGUGCGGCCAGUUAAUUAAACUUGGGCAAAUUUCCACAACAAAAGUAUUCCAAGCAUGGCUAAUCGAAAUAUGCAACAAGUUAACAUGCAAAGCAACAAUUCUCCUCAACCGGCGAGACGCGGAACCGACUCACCGGCCGCGGAGCAGACACCGGCGAACAAAGACAGCCCGGCCCCGCCGCCUAGGCAGUCCCCCGUUGCUGAACAAAUGGAAGGAGCCGUAGAAGGAAGCGGCGAAGGCCCGACAGAAAUGACCCUAGACAUUACUAGUUUCCGAAAGCCCGGUGAGAAGACGUUCACCCAGCGCUCCCGUCUUUUUGUCGGCAGUCUCCCGCCGGAUAUUCCGGAGGAGGAGUUCAAAAACAUGUUUUCUAAAUAUGGGAACGUUAACGAGGUGUUCAUCAACAGAGAGCGGGGCUUCGGCUUCAUUCGUUUGGAAACCCGAACUGUAGCAGAGAUCGCUAAAGCCGAGCUGGAUGGGACUAUUUUGAAUAAUCGACCAAUCAGAGUCCGCUUUGCCACACACGGUUCUGCGCUCACAGUGCGCAAUCUGCUGCCUGUGGUGACAAAUGAGCUGCUGGAACAGGCGUUUUCCCAGUUUGGACCAGUGGAACGGGCUAUUGUUGUGACAGAUGACCGAGGUCGUCCCACUGGGAGAGGCAUUGUGGAGUUUGCAAACAAAAUAGCCGCGCGUAAAGCUCUGGAGCGGUGCACCGAGGGAGCACUGUUGCUGACCACAACACCCUGUCCUGCCAUUGUGGAACCUGCAGAACACUUUGAUGAUGAGGAUGGCCUUUCCGAAAAACUACUGCAAAAGACUCCAAAGUACUAUAAGGAACGAGAACAGAAGCCACGUUUUGCUCAGCCCGGGACGUUUGAGUUUGAGUUCUCAUCUCGUUGGAAAGCUCUUGAUGAGAUGGAGAAACAGCAGAGAGACCAGGUGGACAGGAACAUUAAAGAAGCUAAAGAGAAACUGGAGGCCGAGCUGGAGUCGGCCAAGCAUGAACAUCAGCUCAUGUUAAUGAGACAAGACCUAAUGAGACGUCAGGAGGAGCUGAGGAGACUUGAGGAGCUUCGCAACCAAGAGCUACAGAGACGAAAGCAGAUAGAGAUGAGGCAUGAGGAAGAGAGGAGGAGGAGGGAGGAGGAGCUGAUGAGGCACAGAGAGCAGGAGGACCUGAGACGCCAACCAGAUGGCUUCAAACCAAACUACAUGGAAAACAGAGAACAGGAAAUGAGAGUGGGUGAGCUGGGCCCUCGUGGAGCCAUUAAUAUGGGAGAUGGCUAUAACCAGGCCUCUGCGGGGCCCAGUGGUAACCAAGGUCAAAUGAUGGGCAUGAGUGGAAGGGGAGGACCCACUGGCCCAGAGGGAACAGCAAAAAUGGGGACACCAUUGAUGUCAGAGAAUGGAGCCAUGCGAAAUGAUAGAUACCCACAAGGUGGACCCAUGGGGGGACGACCUGAUGUUGACUCUCCAAAGCAGCAGCAGCAGCAACCGCAGCAGCCAGCACCAUUGGGCCCCCAGGCUGGACCGGCUCCAGGAUUUGGGAGGGGCAGUCCUGUGGGGGGAGUCUUUGAUGGACCAAAUAACAAGCGUCGUAGAUACUAACCUCUCUUGGUAUUCAUGGAUCUGUGUUAAUGAGCCCUAAUUAUUGUUUUUACAGUUUACAAGCCCGCUAUCUUUCCUGGGCAUUUAUUUUGUAAUUGAUAAAA